AUGAAUAUGUCCCGAUCAGAUUAUAAGAAUCAACAGAGGAAUAGUUCCUCUUAUAUUUAUCCGCAACUGAACCAUCACCAACAUCAUGUAUCAGAUGACGAACGCCCGGCCGGUUUCGAGAAAUUUAUUCGCCGCUACGAAAUUAAUGCCACUUUUGCUUCGAAAUUACGUGGUUUGGAUGGAUAUGAAAUUGUUGUAAUUUGUGAUGACUCGGGAUCAAUGAAUACUGAACUCAGUGAUGUCUCUGGUCCAUACGGUCAAGCUCCAACACGCUGGGAUGAAUUGAAACACACUGUGUCGAUUGUCGUCGAUCUCGCUAGUGUACUUGAUCCUGAUGGUGUUGACAUUUAUUUUCUUAAUCGUGAACCCAUAUUCAAUGUUCGUAGUUCACAAGAACUGAUUCCAUUAUUUUCUAUUCCACCUGAAGGUCCAACGCCGAUUGUCUCAGUUCUACGACAAGUCCUUCGCGACAAGGAAAAACAGAUUGCUGAAAGAAAGUUGUUAGUGCUUCUCGCAACUGAUGGGGUUCCGACAGACAAUCAAGGUCAUCCAAAUAUUGAUAAACUAAGACGAGUUCUUAAAUACGAGCGCUCUCCAAGCGAACGAAUUCCAGUGACAAUUAUUGCUUGCACAGAUGAUGAUGAAUGUAUGUCAUACUUGAACGACUGGGAUGUAACUAUUCCAAAUCUGGAUGUAGUCGAUGAUUAUAAGAGUGAAAAGAAGCAGAUUUUAGAAUGCCAGGGACGAUCUUUUCCAUUUAGUUUUGGAGACUAUGUGGUAAAGAUUAUGAUGGGUGGUGUGGAUGAAUGGUUCGAUCAAUUGGAUGAGAAGAAAGUGUCAUUGGAUAAUUAUGGACGGUACGGACUCAAUACACCAACGCAAGGGAGAGGUUCAAGUCAAUACACAUCAACGAAAUCACCCUAUACGUCACAACCAGUAACAUCAAAACAGAACCGUAAUUUCUAUUGA